UCGUUGAUAGGGUAUUCUCGUCCAUUGCCAAUAAAUUAUGAGUUAGAGAGUGAUAUAAUUAGUUAGUUGUCGGUUGCCUUUCCGCUCGCUCAUCUUCUCUGGCACACAAAAUAAAUCUUAAUUCUUUCCUUGAUUCUGAGAGAAACUGUCCGAAAAAUGGAGGCUAGGAGCGGCGAAUUCGCGAAGAUCGGAUUGGUAAUGUGCGUGAUGGCAAUUGCGGCGUGUUUGGCCGACAAAGAAGUCAAAGUGAAGAUCGUGAAAGGGGAGAAGGUGUGCGAACAAGGAUGGGAGUGCAAGGGCUACUCCAAAUAUUGCUGCAAUCUGACCAUCUCGGACAUAUUCCAGACCUACCAGUUCGAGAAUCUCUUCUCCAACAGGAAUUCGCCCGUCGCCCACGCCGUCGGCUUCUGGGACUACCGCUCCUUCAUCCUCGCCGCCUCCACCUUCGAGCACCUCGGAUUCGGCACCACCGGCGGCAAGCUCAUGCAGAUGAAGGAGAUCGCCGCCUUCCUCGGCCACGUCGGCUGCAAAACUUCUUGUGGUUAUGGAGUGGCUACGGGUGGACCGCUAGCAUGGGGUCUAUGCUUCAACAAAGAAAUGAGUCCCAGCCAAAAAUAUUGUGAUGAAUUCUACAAAUACGAGUAUCCAUGCGCUCCUGGAGCAGAAUACUACGGCCGUGGAGCUAUUCCAAUCUAUUGGAACUACAACUACGGAGCAAUUGGUAAAGGUAUAAAUCAGGAUUUGUUGAACCAUCCGGAAUACGUUGAACAAAAUGCCACCAUUGCCUUCCAGGCUGCAAUCUACAGAUGGAUGACGCCCGUGAAACGGAAACAGCCAUCUGCGCACGAUGUCUUUGUUGGGAACUGGAAACCCACCAAGAACGACACGUUGGCAAGACGAGCUCCUGGAUUCGGAAGCACUAUGAAUCUUUUGUACGGUGAGCUCACUUGCGGGCAGGGUGACAUUGAUCCCAUGAACAACAUCAUCUCUCACUACCUCUAUUAUCUCGACUUGUUGGGCGUUGGUCGAGAGGAAGCAGGACCCCAUGAAGUGCUCUCCUGCGCUGAACAGCUUCCGUUCAAUCCCUCUACUACCAAAUCGUCGUCUUGACGAAGCCUUCAUUUCCUAUCUCAAUCUCUCUCAUAUAAGAGGUUUGUGUGAUACUCAAUUUGUAAUAUGUCAAUUGCUAUUGCUUUGUAUGCAGGUUUUGUGAAUUCAAAUUUGUUGUGUUGCUAUUAAGGUGUAAUAUUUUAUAUAUAAAUAUACUUUCCUCGGUUUGAUCA